GCCUGGGGCAGCGGGGAAUGGGGGGGGGAUGGACGCCGUCCUUCAUCGGACCCCUCCACUGCCACCUUCCUCCUUAUUGCUCGCAUCUUCUGGGCCAGGUACCCUGCUCUGAAGGCAUUCAGACACCUCCUGCCGUUUCCCCAUCCCCCAAACACACACUCUUCGUUCAAGGACUAUUUCUCGAGGACCCCUGAUGUGUUUGGAACGGUGAAUAGUUCUGGGUCCUGCUUCCACUCACACUCCUAAUACACCACAUAUCAAACCACUCGCUUUCCCCCACAGGCUUUCUCCUUUUCUCUCCUACUCUCAACCCUUUGCACACUGUUCCCCCCAAUUUGAAUGCCUCUCCCCCCACUACCCAUUUUGGGCAACUUGUGUUGCUGGGCUCAGCUCACAUGUCACCUGUUCAGGAAGCCCUUCCUGAUUGUUGCUAAGGGGCCUCCUUUGGACCCCACAGUCACCUGGGCAGGCCUCCUCUCUCUGCCUCUGCCUGGGACUCAGGUGCCUGAGGCCAGCACAAGGUCCCCACAGUGGGCUAGUUUGGGAUACACAUCUGUAGUGAAUUUUGAGGCCCUGGGAGCCCUGGGACUGAAGGUGUGGGCAGUAGCUAACACCCCCUCACCCCAUCCUCCCUGGCAUUGGCAGGUCUGUGCACAACGAGCUGGAGAAGCGCAGGUGAGUCCCAACCCUGCCCUGAUAGCACCAGGCCCCAGGAACUGCCUCCCUCUGGCCUUCCCUCCCCUGCCGUCCCUCAUCUGGCCAGCAAGCCUGGGCUGGCACUGCCCUCUAGACCCCUUCCCCCACAGGAGGGCCCAGCUGAAGCGGUGCCUGGAGCAGCUGAAGCAGCAGAUGCCCCUGGGGGCUGACUGUGCCCGAUACACCACACUGAGCCUUCUGCGCAGGGCCAGGAUGCACAUCCAGAAGCUGGAGGAGCAGGAGCAGCGGGCCCGGCGGCUCAAGGAGAAGCUGCGCAGCAAGCAGCAGAGCCUGCGGCAGCAGCUGGAGCAGCUCCGGGGGCUGGCCGGGGCGGGCGAGCGCGAGCGGCUGCGAGCAGACAGCCUGGACUCCUCAGGCCUCUCCUCUGAGCGCUCCGACUCAGACCAAGAGGAGCUGGAGGUGGACGUGGAGAGCCUGGUGUUCGGGGGCGAGGCUGAGCUGCUGCGGGGCUUCAGCGCGGGCCAGGAGCACAGCUACUCACACAGCAGCAGCACCUGGCUAUGACCCUCACCUCCUGGAGCGACCUCUGCCCUCAGCCCACCCUCUGCUCUGCCAGGCUGGAGCCCUCACCAAGCCUCCAGGGCUGCUCAGAGUACUGCUGGAAUGGACUAAAAGGACCGUGUGGGAACAGGUGCUCCCCGUACCUUGCUGCUGGCUGCUGGCAGUCCCACCUAGGACGGGGCGCCGAGCCCCCCCUGAGCCCUGCAGGGCAGGCAGCUUGGGCCCAGGCCACCCUUCCAGGCGUUUUUUGUAGCACUUGGCUCUGCUGUCCACAGGGGCAGGAAGCCUCUUGGGUCCUCAUGUUCCUUCCUAAACAAGGGCCCCUGGCCUUUGCCCUCCACAUACUAUAUUUUCAUUAAAAGCCUCUUUCUUAA